CACAGCUGAUCACAUGUGUCACGCUGACAGCUCAAGAGGAGAGCCGGUAAUCGGCAUUCCUCGGAGGGGACAUGUACACUGAUCAUCAGGGCACUGAUGAUCAGUGUGCCCUGAUGAUCUGUGUAGCCCCUGCAGUGCCACCUGUCAGUGUCCAUCAGUACCAGCUGUCAGUGCUCAUCCAUGUCACCUGCCAGUGCCCAUCAAUGCCACAUUUCAGUGCCUACCAGUGCACAUCAAUGCCACAUAUCAGUGCCCAUCUGAGCUGCCUUUCAGUGUCACCCAUCAGUGCCACCUAUCAAUGCUGUCAAUCAGUGUCACCUAUCAGUACCAGUCAGUGCCGCCUAUCAGUGUACAUCAGUGCCGCCCUAUCAUUGCCCGACAGU